AGAGAGAAAACGAAACCAGCUCUCUCUUCCUGGCGAGGCAGCAGCCAUGGCAGCUUCUGGGGGUCCCGUCCGGGAUCUCUGCGAGGAAGCCACUUGCCCCAUCUGCCUGGAGUAUUUCAGGGAUCCAGUGAUCAUCCCGGAGUGCGGGCACAACUUCUGCCGAUCCUGCCUGACCCAGUGCUGGGGGAAAUCCGAGGGAGAGGCUUCCUGCCCUCAGUGCAGGAAAACAGUGGAGCAAGGCAGCAUCAGGAGAAACCAGCAGCUGGCAAAUUUUGUAGAAAUAAUUAAGAAAUUUAGCCUUCUGGGCAGAAAAGAGGAGGCAGAAGGAAAAGGAAGGGUCUGUGAGAAGCACCAGGAGCCCCUGAAGCUCUUCUGCAAGGAGGAUGAAGCCCCUAUCUGUGUGGUGUGUGACAGAUCCAAGGAGCACAAAAGCCACGAGGUGGUUCCUCUGGAGGAGGCGUCCCAGGAGUACAAGGUGGGAAAUGGCAGUGGGUCUUUCUUGGGGGUGGAAGAGCUGCAGACUAGAGGGGCUUGUAGUAGUAGUAGUAGUAAUAAUAAUAAUAAUAAUAAUAAUAAUAAUAAUAUUGUAGUGUAUUCUCUCCACUUGGAGCCCAAAGGGAAUUCUUGUGCAGCCUGAUAAAACUAACUUCUGAAACUUUAUACAAUAAACAUUUAUUUUUCUUUUUGAGGGAUUAAAGUGUGCCCAGUGACCCCCUGAAUGCAGGCUGCAGUAACUCCCCUGGGAGGAAAGAUUGCAACAUCAAGCAUUAAUUUAAUAAAAAGGAGGAGGGAGAUGUUGGAGGUGUGCUCAGUGUGGGGGAUUAAUAAUAAUAAUAAUAAUAAUAAUAAUUUAUUAUUUAUACCCCGCCCAUCUGGCUGAGUUUCCCCAGCCACUCUGGGCAGCUCCCAAUCAGUGUUAAAAACAGUAACGUGUUACAUAUUAAAAACUUCCCUGAACAGGGCUGCCUUAAGAUGUCUUCUGAAUGUCAGGUAAUUAUUUAUCUCUUUGGCAUCUGAUGGGAGGGCGUUCCACAGGGCGGGCGCCACUACCGAGAAGGCCCUCUGUCUGGUUCCCUGUAGCCUCACUUCUCGCAGCGAGGGAACCGCCAGAAGGCCCUUGGCGCUGGACCUGAGUGUCCGGGCAGAACGAUGGGGGUGGAGACGCUCCUUCAGGUAUACAGGACCGAGGUCGUUUAGGGCUUUAAAGGUCAGCACCAACAUUUUGAAUCGUGCUCGGAAACGUACUGGGAGCCAAUGCAGAUCUCUCAAAAUAGCAAACCCCCCAUGUUUCUCAGCUCUGAUAUAGGGCAGCCCCAUUUCUGCCUCCUCUGGGAUGAAAAAGGGGAACCUCUGCAAAAGACCCAGGGAUGUGGGGCAGGGAGCAAACAUAAGAUUCAGCUUCCCUGUUAAUGUGUAAUGCAGCCCAACUUGGAUUCUGUUUCUUUUCAGGAUCAGAUCAGCAGCUGCCUAGACAAUGUGAGGAAGGAGAGAGAGAAAAUUCUAGUAUUUAAAGCAGACACAGAAAAGGAAAUCCAGGACCUGCUUGUAAGCACCAUUGUUACUGUUUUAAGGUGAAAAAUGCUAUAGUCUAAAAUCAAUAUGGGUGAGAGGGGCGGAAAUGAAUAUGGAAUACAGAAAGAGGUUUAUUUUUGAAUGGCCUGAUCUCCUACAGAGCAUGAAAGGCCAUUUAAAGGUGAGGGUGGGCUUGUAAGUUUUUAUGAAGCUCUUUCUCUGCUGAAUAUGUCAGAAGUGGCUUUCCAGUGGAAUUUGGAUAACUGGCCUCUUCAUCCUGCAAGAGCAGACUAGAUGCCUGAUCUUGGCCCACUCUUCUCUUCUUUCAAUCUCUUUGCUGCAGAAACAAACAGGUGCAGAGAGGGAAAAGAUGGUGGCUGAGUUCAGGCGACUGCACCAGUUUCUGGAAGAAAAAGAGAAGCUUUUUCUGGCCCAGAUGGCAGAAGUGGAGAAGGAGAUUGCAGCCCAAAGGGAGGAUCACCUGGCCAGACUAUCCAGGGAACUCUCCUCUCUUGACAGCCUCAUCCGGGAGAUGGAGGAGAAGCUUCAGGAACCAGAGAGUGAACUCCUGCAGGUGAGGCCUCAUCCUGAUGUGAGAGGGUGGAAUGUGCUGCUUCAAACCACAGGCAUUCCUUAGUCACAUAAAAUUGUUGCUGGAAGGAAAACAGUACAUGAAGGGUGAAAGGCGUCAGUCCUGGGGUUGCAAAAGGGGCCUUGCUAGAUGAAACCACAGGCCCCUUCAUUCUAGCAUCAUGUUCUCUCAUUGGCCAACCAGAGGUCUCUGAGAAGCCUAAAAAACAGUAGUGCUCUCCAAACCUGUGAUCCCCAGCAGUUGCCACUCAGCUGCUUAGUAUUUAUAACUGACUGCAGAAAUGGCUCCACUGACAUCUUUCUUUCUUUCCUUCCAGGAUAUUGGAAGCUUCUUGCAGAGGUAAGUGAUGGAAAACCCUGCCUUAUUCUGAUGCUAGGAAAGUUCCUGCUUAACAAGUGAGAACCUCACUCUCCAGUUUCUCCUUCCAGAGAUAGCUUAGGACUUCAUCGUCAAUUUCACAAAAUCACAGACAAAAAUAGGGACACGUUUUGUGGUAAUUUGUCGCUAUUGAUCCCAUCUAUGUACAAUCACAGACAGGAAGCCAUUCCCAUUGCAUAUUUCUGGAGGCCCUUCUCUGUGAUGGAAUCAUUUACUCUGCAAUUGAUACAAAAAGGGGGGACAUCCCAAAGGGGCUUGUAAAUAUCUUCACUAUAACUUACCCUUAAAUAUCCAGUGUCUUUCUGGCUCCUGCAGGUUCUUCCUCAGACAUAAGAAUGUGAUAAAGGGCCCUGCUGGAUGAGGCCAGCGGCCCAUCUAGUCCAGCAUUUUGUUUUCACAGUGCCUAACCAGAUGCCAGUGUGAAAUCCGCGGUUAUCAGGAUCCGAGUCCAAACAACUUUAGACACUCAUGAAUUUUGAGAAUCUUCCAUUUUGAAAAUCUAACCACUGUGCUAAAAUACAUUUAUAAUGUUAAUUGCAAAAGCCAUUCUAAAGCAUUCUGAACUUCCUUAUAUUUCAGAAAUGCACAUACCAAAUCUAUUUUCUUUUGCUCAUUAAUCACUUUAAAUGCAUCACUAACACUAGUGCAGUCCUAAAAUCUCUGCAUAGGGACCCAGUACUGUUUUUUCUUCAAAAAAAUAAUUUGCAUAUAUCAGCUUCUUAACCUUCAAUCUCAUAUUCAUAUAUUUCCUUCAGUAUAUUUUGGAAGCAGGUGUGUCGGUUUUCCUUCAGCUUCUUAGGUGCUCUCUAGAUGCUCCUUUUUGCCAUAGGAAAACCCUGCUCCCAAGUCUUCAUGAUAUUUCCAUGGUGCCUUUAUCAUCAGGAUGAGACGUCUGCCUUGUCAGAAAGCUCCUUGCAUUGGAAAGAUGGUGGCUUGACUUUGUUCUUCUCCUCCCAGGUCUCAGGAGAAGGAGAACUUAGAGGAUCCUCCUGUGGCUUUUCCUCCUGCCCUGAAGUGGAAGAUCUGGGACUUCAGAGAUAUAAAUCCCUUCCUGGAGGGAGUCAUGAAAAAAUUCAGAGGUAGUAAAGAAGGACUGAAAGUAUUGUUAGCUGGAUGUUUAGAAGUGUUCAUAACAAGCUUCAGGUCAUAGGGAAUAUUAGCCAAGCCAGGAAAAUAGAAGGUCGAAACAACAUGGCGUCGAGGUAAGACGCGCUUGCCGGUGCUCUUCGGACUUCUUUUAAUCUUCUUUUAAUCUUUUAUAUUUUUAUCUUAACUGACUCAGUCAGUUUUUGAGGUAUUUUAUAAUUGCUGCAGCCGCAUGCUAUGGAAACUCUCUGAGAGAUUUGGCCCUGCUCCAGACUGCUGUAAGCUGCUCUUUGUUUCUCUCGUAUCAGCGGGCCGGCUUUAGCUGCUAAAAGAGUUGAGAACGCCAUUAUCUUAAUUGCGUGUCAAGUGUUAUGAGGAAAAGCAUGGGUCAGAAAAAACGCUUGAGAGACUUUUGACGAGCCCCUACCAUCCCCUAAACCAAAACUAUCAAGGUUGGUGCCACACCGGAAUGGAGGAGGGAGUGACCAUGCCGAGCAGUGCUUUGCAGUGGAAACCCAAAAUCGCUUCCUACCUCUAAUUGAUUUAGAAGCUACUCCAAUUCCGAUGACUCAAAAUGUUUCAAAAGUAAAGCCUGUAAAGGAGAAUACGAAAGAAAAACUCUCAUCACAGGAAGAUGGUUUGGCAUCUGUUAUGGGGGAGUUCCCCGGUUGUGAGCAGUUACACUUAGUAAUUAAGACCCUUCACUGUAUUUUUAAAAGGCUGGACGAGGUAUCUUCACAAUUACCCAAUAUCCUGAUGAAAAUCGAAAAACUUGAAUCAACAACACAAUCUUCAGUUUGUGAGGUGAAAAACUUAUUGCCUCACCCCAAUUCAGAUAAAAUAAAGGAGACUAAAAUGAAAUAUAUCUUAAAUUCCCAAUUGAACAAUCAGAUAUUAACUCUGCAACCCAAGAAAAGUUGCCUUUCUGUCAGGUCGGAAAUAGGAAGAUGGUCAACGCUAGAAGGGGCUAAAGACUGUUCAAGCAAACUUUUAAAAAUUAAGAAACAUCAGAUUGACCUAUAUGCUGUGAUGCUCCUUCCCCGGCAGACCAACUUCUUGAAGGUGAUACUUGCGUUCCACUCUGAAAAGAUACCAUCUAUUACUGUUAGGAGGAAAACGCUUUUGUCCAUGGCCGACAUUGUAGCAACGAGGGUUUUUACAGACAGCAAGAUCAAACCCCUUCUAAAUAGGUGCCCUGGCGGUGAGGACAUUAGGACAAGAGACUUUGCCUUACUUCAAAAUACUGUCAGGCCCAACCGCGAUGACUCUGCAGCGUGCCAUCCUCGACCAAACUCGAUACCUUCUCAAACAGCCAUAUAUGAGGACGAUAACCUGCGGACUGCCCUUGACGAAAGGGAACUUAUUGAUUCAUUCAGAGCCCUCCCUCCGAAAGAACAGUCGGUGAUGAUGCAAAGAUUUGACACGCUUAAAUCUCAGCUUUUGCAAGUCCUACAUAGAGGGGAAGAUACUAAUGAUGUCUCAAAUAAUCCCACUUGGGCUCACCGGACAGAAGUGGUCGACCUUCUUCAGCUCAGCCCCACUCUGAAAUCAAAAACCAUCCGACAAGACUCAAAUCUUCAAGUUGUUUCUGCCCCGUGCGCUACAUCACGAGACGACCAGGCUCUGCCAUCCUCACUGAACUUUCAUCUAUAUUCAUCGACCAACAUACCUAAGGACGAAAUUCUGAUUUCCUGCUUGACUCAAAUCCCUCUUUAACUCACUCAUCUAUGCCAGAGCUAGAAUCUUCUCCAGUUUCGACCAGAGAUAGAAGUAGUUCACAAGUGAUGCCCCUGAGAGAGUCUUCCACAAUUCCCACCCCCGUGAUGCCCCUCAAUUACCUCCUUCAAAGGAAACUGCGAAUGUUACACCUCGGGACCCGCCGUCGGAAAUGAUUGAAGACCCGAUGGGACGCAUCAAUAAAAUCAUCCGAAUGUCGGAUGAUAAAUCUGCGAGAGGGUUUACUCCGACGGACUCAAUUUCCCCCUCCCUGGGUAUUUCUCUGUCAAGUUGUACCAAGAAUUUCGAAAUGAAGAGACUUCCUGUUCAGGGAUCUACUCUCAGUGGAUCAUCCACGGUGUGCCAACAGUCGAACCAAAUUGUUAAAAACUUUAAUUUGGAGGGCUCCUCACAGUUACCAUCUUCCCAAAGUAAAAUAACUGACUUUUUUGUUACAUCUUCUGUCUUUAACAGAGAGUCUGCCCCCCCUCCGUUUUGACUGUUAAAAGAGACAAAAUGUCCCUCACCUCUACUACUAUCCUGGAACGUUGCUGGAUGGCAAUCGAAAACAAUGGACAAAGACGUUCUAUCCUAUGUAUCACAGUUCAAGAUCAUCCUGCUCCAAGAAACCUGGAUGCAAAAUCCUUUUGAACUACACAAUUAUUUUGCUUUCCAUUCCUGUGCCUCAAUCGGCCCAAAAGGCGGAAGACCGGCGGGAGGUCUGAGCACCUUCGUAUCGACAGAUCUAGGAACCUCUCCUAUCCAAUUGAAAAUCGAUAAAAAAUGGAUUUUGGCUGUUAAAAUAUUCUCUACCCACUUUAAGAUCAUAUGCAUCAGUGUUUAUAUUCACCCACUUAUGAAACAAACUGAUCUGAAAAACAUCUGGAACGAACUGGAAGACUGCAUUCUCCUUGUCUCAAAUAAGUUUCCCUCUGCCUCCUUAAUUAUUGGUGGGGAUUUUAAUGCAAGGUUAGGCCACUCAGACGAACAGUUAAUCAACGAAAGUGGAAUAGGUCCCCUAAAUGCUAAUGAUGAACAUUGGCCCCUAUUCAGGCGUCACUCACUUGACCCAGUUACCAAUUUUGCUGGUACAUGUCUUUUUUUAAUGGCACUUAGAUUAAACCUUGUUAUCUUAAACGGCCUCUCCUCGGGAGACUGCCCUGGCCAAUUUACUUAUUGGUCAGGCUUAAGGCAUUCUGUUAUUGACUACAUCCUUGUCUCCCAAGAACUCUUUGAUGAAUAUAUUGAAUUUACUGUAGAUAUAAGAACCGAAAGUGACCAUUUACCCCUAAAUCUUAAAAGGACUGAAUUCUGGGAACCCUCUAGAUGUGGGCUUGCCCCACAGGCACCUGAUCCUAAUGCUUUACAACAAAUAGGCAGAUCCAGAAUUAAAUGGUCCCCUUAUGUUAAUAACAAUUUUAGCAUUUGGACACAAUCAAUGGAAGGUCAACUCCUCUGGGCUGAUCUGACUUCCAACGACACUGAAGAGACCUCCCCAAUUGACCAUUAUAACACAUUAAUCCGAAAACUCCAACCGUUAUUGUCAAGACCCAGGAGAUCUAACCAAAAUGAGUCCCCUACCAACAAAAAAUGGUUUGACCACGAAUGCACUCAGGCAAAACUUAUACUCAGGGAAUGCUUUAAGGUCUUCCAGCAAAAUCCUAACCCUAUCACUAAAUUAGACUUACAACUUAAAAAAAAGAACUACAAAGAGUUACUAAAAACCAAAAAAAGAACCGCAGACUCUCUCAUCUGGCAGGCCCUCACAAAAGCGUCAAUAGAAAAAGACAAUACCAACUUCUGGAAAAUUAUCUCCAGUCAAACCAAAGCUCCUAAUGAGGGCACAAUAAUCCCUGCAAAUUCAUGGGAAGAGCACUAUAAAGUGCUGUUUAGGGAACAUCGUCCUUCUGCGCCGCUUAACAUCCCCUUAGAUAAUGAUACACCAUGGCCCCCAACAUCUGAAACUGAAAUCACUUCGCUAAUUCUACAAAUGAAAUCUGGCAAAGCCCCAGGAAGUGAUUUCAUCGUCGCUGAACUUCUGAAAGCGCAAAUAAACUGGUGGGCCCCGGUCCUUGCAAAUCUAUUCUCAUAUAUAGAUAAGACAACUGAAAUCCCUAAAGAUUGGGGACUAGCUAUAAUUGUUCCUAUAUUUAAAAAGGGCAACCCCUCUGGCCCAUCUAAUUAUAGACCAAUUAGUCUUCUGAAUGUGAUCUGUAAACUUUAUACAAAACAUCUAUGCCUAAAAUUAUGUGAAUGGUUAGAUCAUAAUAACUUGCUAGAAAUCGAACAAGCAGGGUUUACAUCUGGACGUUCCACCAUUGAUCACUGCUUAGUGUUAGAUUACUUUGUCUAUAAGUAUGUGAAACAUUGGAAAAAUUCAUUGUAUGCGGCCUUUGUGGACCUAAAGGCAGCAUUUGAUUCUGUAUCCAGGAGUAGGCUCUGGGCCAAAUUGGCCAAUAUGGGUAUUAACAGAAGGUUACUACUUCUGAUGAUUAAGCUUCAUGAGAACAAUACCCUCCAGAUAAGACUCACACAGGACGGCAGACUCUCUAGAGAAAUCCCAGUCCAAAGAGGAGUUAGACAAGGAUGCCUAUUAGCCCCAUUUUUAUUCAACAUCUAUGUUAACUCCCUGGUCACAUGCUGCCGUGAAAUCGAAACCCCCCCCCCGUGUUCUCUAACGGCAGAAAAGUACCAGUUUUAAUGUAUGCGGAUGACGCUGUUCUUCUCUCUCAAACCAAAGUGGGUCUGAAACGUGCCUUAGGAAAGUUUAGUGACCAAUGUAACACUGAACUGUUAACAAUUAACUUUGCCAAAACUAAAAUUGUACAUUUUAACCGCUCCUUCAGGAAAGAUAAUUUGAGUGUAAAGGGAAAUGCCAUUGAACAGACUAAGACCUUCCAAUACUUAGGCAUUACUUUCUCUUAUAAUGCCAAAUUCUCAGCACACUUGACCACAUCAGCUAUAUCAGCAGGAAGAAGUGCAAAUGCUAUCCUUAGAUUAUUCAGAAGGAAAGGAGCUGGCUUCCUCCCGAUGGCCCUAACAGUUUUUCAGGCAAAAUCUUUAGCCCAACUCCUAUAUGGCUCUCAAAUUAGCCUCUCUGUCAACCUUAAGACCCUUGAAACAGUACAAUCAAAAUUCUUAAGAUCAUUAUUUGCUACCCCAAAGUGUACCCCUAAUGCAGUCUUAAGGCAAGAGGCAGGACUGCCCAGAGUGGAAUUAAAAGUCUGGGAGCAAGCAAUAUCCCUCUGGCUGAAAAUCCAUUACAAUCCUAAGGGACGGUUACCUUGCUUCCUGGCCGCAGUUCCCUAUCCUCCUUGGCUUAUGCAAAUAACUAACAAGAUCAAACAAAUUGGCCUAAACCCUGAAAAUCUUUUUAUUGGAACUCUGAAUAAGGCAAAAGCAAUUAUCACUCAGAGACCUUACGAUGUCGAAUUACAACAAGAAGGCGCCCUACUCCCAGAGACGUAUAGAUGUUUAAAAGCUUGCCCUAAUUUUGCAGCUGCCCCUUACUUAACUAACAUCACUAACGGAGCUUAUAGAUGGGCUUUCUCUAGAGCCCGCUUUGAGACAAUGCCCUCAGCAGUGCUGUAUGGCAAAUUCACGUGGGUACCAAUGCAUGCGCGUCUCUGCUCCUGUAUGUCUAAUAAGGUAGAAUCUGUCACACACAUUCUUUUAUUUUGCGAAUUUUAUAGUGAAGAACGAGCUCAACUUAUUUUGCAGCUUUUAUCAAAAUUUAUACCCCUACAACAUUAUUUGGAAUCCUCCCCCGAAAUUCUACGGAAAUACCUCCUGGAAGAUUCCUCAAGCGCAAUAUCAUAUGAGGUGGCCAAAUUUUGCACUUUAGUAAUUAGGAAGCGUAAAUCUCUGUUGAAUGGCACACUGCGAAGUUCCCUUGUGUAAUCUUUUUCUUUUCUGAUGUUGUUGUUGAUUUCUUGUUGUUUGAUCUUGUGUUUAGUGUUACUGGCUUUUGCCGCAAUAAAACUCGAACUUGAGUGUGAAAAUAGAAGGUUUAUCUAUUCUCUUUCACUAUCUAGGAGCCGCACUUUCCUAUGUAGAUGACUCACAACUGAUUUUUCUUAUGCAAUUGAAAGGGGAUGGUAAACCCUUCUUGCUGGACUCUGGAAACUCUUGUGAGAUCUUGGGGAAGCCUGGCGGGCACACAAAUCGCUUUUAAGACCUCUACCAUGAUUACGAGGCUCUGAGAGGCUCCUGCGAGAUCUCAUGGGGCCAUCUUGAGAUUGCAGAUGGCAGGGGUGAAUCCGGGGGUCAUUCUGACUUUCCUCGAUUUGCCUUUUUGCACAAUCGCCAAGGAUGUAACCCUCCCUUAAGCCGCGAGUUGUCUGUAAAAAUUUGUACUUGACGUCUUCACAUCUCUUAGCCAUGCUUUGGGUGCUUUCACACAUCUCAACCAUUUCCCAGCUAGCCUCGCCUACAGCUUUUUGGGCAUAUCUUCUGUUCCUUUGCCCCUGAGAUUAACGUAAGGGGGGGGCAGGAGGAGGAAAGGAGGGGGGCUGUCCAAGAGCCAGCCAGGAGCAGAGGGGUUGAGGCCUCCUGUCCUGGAACAGGAAUGUCUGGAUCUUGUUGCUGAUGGGGGGAUCUUCUGGGGGUCCUGCUCCUCCUCCCAAGAUUUGGGUAAGUCUGAACCUUGACAUCACCCCUGCCCUGGUUCUGCAGGGAUAGCCAGCAUGGAGAGUUUCAUUUUAAGGUAGGUUUCACGUAGUUUCAGGUAGGUUUAACUGCCAACUCCCAUAAUCUCCAGCUGGCAUGGCCAAGUAGUCCACAACACCUGGCUACAAUCUCAUGAGCUCAUAUUGUUUUUCCAGGUUUGUUAUCUGAAUGAUGGUGUGAUGCUAAAUUUCUGUUCCCUUUUCUCUUCCAGACACUGUGGAAUAUGGACUUCAGCUGCGAAAAGGUACUUUUAAUCAUCAUCAUAAUAAUAAUUUAUUAUUUAUACCCCACUCAUCUGGCUGGGUUUCCCCUUCCAUUUCCCCAGGCACAAAUUCGGGAGAGAGGGGAUCCGCUUCUCAAAAGACCAGGCCACUGCAGCUCUUCCAUCCAUGCCUUAUUUCCCAGAGGCAUCUGUUCCGUGAGAGCAGCAUCCUGGGCUAGAUGGGCUCUUGGCCUGAUCCUGCAGACUCUUAGGAAGCCCCCAGCCCAGGAUGGCUGGCUUUUCUGUGCCAAAUCUCCAUAAGACACAGGGGUGGUGUGAAGCCAAAGGCUCCCGGCACAUGAGGGGGAAAUAUCCCUUUGAGCCAUACAGGGUCCCCACCCCUUUUAUGUGAGAGUAAGGUGUAAGAGUGGGAAAUGCACAAACACAAGUAGCUCAGAAAAUGGCUGCAUCAUCCUUUUGGGUCUAGAAGGUGAAUGGGUUCUGGUGUCAGUGGCAGGGAGGUGGGGGCUGCCUGAGUGUGAACUCCAGGAGUUCGGCUUCCCAGCAAGAUUGGGGGUCUUCCGUCAGCUUUUCUGUUGGAGGGGAGACAUGACGUCUCUGCUUAAACUAGAGAAACUUGAGUAAACUUUAAAGAGCAGGACAGAAUUACAGCACAGACUAGGAGGAAAGGCUCAAUGGGAAGACAGAAGUCCAGUCUGGUCUGAUCCUGAAAACCACAAAAAGGGAUUCAUAAGAGCUGGGAAAGGGGCAGCAGGUGGCAGCAUAAAGGAAGCUCCUACUUAUCUUUAAAAUUAUAUUCUGGGAUUCUUUUAGAAAACAGCAGUAAGUAAAAUACAUAAAGGCUAAUCAAGACAACAAUAAAUUAGCAAAACCCAUUACAUUUUACUUUUUUUUUUUACUAAUAGCAGCACUUGCAACAUCCAAUAUCCCACUUAAUUUCCAAAGGCCACUGUACAAAUGUGUGUCUUUAAAAAGGAAUUGCUUGACUAACUUUCUACAACGUGGCAGGAGGAGGGGGAGGACUGCAGAGCAGAUCUUCAUCCUAAUGUCCACCAGCCUGACUACCGGUAAUUUCUAAAUGGGCUUCUCAUUGUGCUUCCACUGCCCACCUUUUCCAUAAAUGUGAGGAACAGUGAAGAAAAAGACGAGUUAUAUAGCCAAAUCAGGUCUGGGGAGCCAGGAUGGGGUCUUUGCAUUGAAGGUGAUAAUUUUUUUUGUGGGUUUUUUUUGUGUGUGUGUGUGUCACCCUUUAUCUUAGGAUUGCAACAAUAAAUGCAUUAAGGAUUAACACAAUUCAUAGGAAAAGAAAGCCAUUCAUGUCAACGAUGUAAUAGAACUAUCAAAAGACCCUUCUGCCAUGAACUGUGGUGGGUGGGUUUGGCCUUAGACAAGCCACUGUCUCUCAGCCUCAGUCCUCCCAUCUGAAAAAUGGGCAUAGUUAAUAUUGACUUAACUUCCAGGGAAGUUGCAAGGGUUCUAUGUAGAGAAUGUGCAUUAAGUACUUGAAAGAACUGCAAAUAUUUCAAGAGUCAUUAAGAACUUGAUGGACAUCCCUGUCUCCAAUGCAGAGCCAUGGAGUCCCUGUUCAUUUCAGAGGGGAUGCUAUUUCUGUCAUGUGCCUAAAGAAAAGUCAGCUUCCCAGUUGACGUUGUUUCUCUUCUCUUUCCUCCUCUGCCCCCACAGAAAGCGUAACUUUGGAUCCAGACACAGCACAUCCCCUCCUCACCCUGUCUGAGGAUCGAAAGAGUGUGAGAGAGGGAGGAGUGCGUCAAGACCUGCCAGACAACCCUAAGAGAUUUGACACAUGUUGCUGUGUUCUGGGGUGUGAGGGUUUCACAUCAGGCAGACAUUUCUGGGAGGUCAUUGUGGGAAGAGAGGAGGGGUGGGGGGUGGGGGUAGCCAGAAAGUCUGUGAAGAGGAAGGGGGUUUUGUAUUUUAAUACUACAGAAGGGAUCUGGGGUUUGGGGAAGUCGGAUGGUGAGCUCAAGUUCUGCUCCCCCCGUAAGGCCCCUGUUCCAUGUGAGGAGCCCGAGAGGAUCCGAGUGACCCUGAACUGUGAAGGGGGACGGGUGUCCUUUUACGAUGCAGAUACAGCAGCCCUUCUCCAUGCAGAUACAGCAGCCCCCUUCUCAGGAGAGACCCUCCAGCCCUACUUUUUUGUGAGCAAGAAAGGGAACCUGAGACUCUCUUGACUGAAGGUGCAGACAGACAAGUGUAUAUUCAUUGUCAUCAUGGCACAUUCAGUCUCCUCUUCAGGGCUGAGCUGACAGGCACUUAAGGAGAAACCAUAUUUGCUGAACGGUGAUUGGCCAUCCCUUGUGUCAAUCAUGAUGCAACUCUCCCUUCUUGAGCCAACUUUGUAAAUGACACUGAUUGACUGGGUCCCCUGUCAGUCUCCAAACUUGCCUGUUUUCUCUCCGUUGGGAAUCGAGUACUUCUUUCGGUGCAGGAGUUGGAAAGGGGGUAAGAAGCAAGAAAAUGAUUUAGGAAACAGCAGCAACCCCACACACAUUCCUGUUUCAAUGUAGUUCUUUCUCCAACCUCCAAUUCUGACUUAAGAUUUCUAGAGAUAAUACCAUCAUCUUUGCUAAAUAAAAUCAGAAUUAUGCACUGGCAUCACUUAAAACCUUCCUCAGCCUCAAUCCUGCUCUCAGAUUCCCUUUUCCUUCCCCAAAGCCUCCACUGGCCAGGGAAAUGGAAGUUCAAAAAUCCCUUUUUUUGCUACUCCUCAGGGAAGCUUAGGUGGCAAUUCAGCAAAAUCCCCAUAUCCAAAGAGACCUGUUUGCUAGUUGGGUGCAGUCAGUCCAAAACUCAGCACAACUUAACUUACAUGAUCACAGCCUGAAGCCCUUUGUCAAAACACAAAUUAGUAAAUAGAGGGUGAGUCCGGGAAAAGCUCUUGGAAGGGACUGUGUGAGAUCUCACAAGAGACUCCAGAGCCCAGAAAUCAAUGGGGGGGGGCCUUUGGCAGUGGGGGGAAGAGUUUCUAAGUCCACCUUGCUUCCCGGCCUCUAGAAAGGUUACAUAAAGCUCUGAAGAUCUCUGGCUUCGAACAAGUAGGGAUGAUGAAGAAGAGGGGUUUGGACUUGAUAUCCUCCCCAUCUCUCCCCUUAAGGAGUCUCAAAGCAGCUAACAUUCUCCUUUCCCUUCCUCCCCCACAACAAACACUCUGUGAGGUGAGUGGGGCUGAGAGACUCCAGAGAAGUGUGACUGGCCAAGGUCACCCAGCAGCUGCAUGUGGAGGUGCGGGGAAGCAAACCCGGUUCACCAGAUUAUGAGUCCACCACUCUUAAGCACUACACCACGCUAAUUGCGUGGGGGGCAUUUUUGAGGGUCUUCCUGACUUGUGCAAUAUUGCCUUUGCAUGCUGACUCCAGGAAUGUAACCCCCACAUAGGUUUCAGGCCUCAAUGCAACAAAAUCCCCUCUGACAGUGAAGAGCCUCUGUCAGAAGUUCUGAGGAAAGAACAAUGACAAUCUAGAGGAUUUCGCAUGGGGGGGGGAUUCCCAUGUACAGUGGUACCUCGGGUUAAGAACUUAAUUUGUUCUGGAGGUCCAUUCUUAACCUGAGGUACCACUUUAGCUAAUGGGGCCUCCGGCUGCCACCGCAGCACGAUUUCUGUUCUCAUCCUGAAGCAAAGUUCUUAACCGGUGGUAAUAUUUUUGGGUUAGCAGAGUCUGUAACCUGAAGCGUCUGUAACCUGAAGCGUCUGUAACCCGAGGUACCACUGUAUACAAUUAUUUUCUCCAAGGUGCUUUGUAGCAAACAGUCAGAUACUUACCUGUAUUUUUAGAGAUCCCCUCUUCUUAUCCUUUUGUGUAAUGGUCCUGUAAGAAUUUGGGGAUAUGUUUCAUGCGCUAAUGUGUUUGAUUCUAUUAAAGAUUGUUCUUCUUGUUGCUCCUA